UCACAGAAGCUGCAUCAUGUUUCGCCUUGUGAUCUUCACUUCACUGUUUCUUUACUGUUUUGGUGCUGUUCACUUCGCCACGCGCACCGGUUAUGAUGGACGCAUCGUUGGUGGCAGCCCUGCUAAUAUAACCAACUACCCUUACCAGGUUUCCUUGGAGUACCGCCUCUUGCAUGACUGUGGCGCUUCUGUCAUCAGUGUGAACUGGGCUGUGACCGCUGCUCACUGUACACAUGAUCGACCGCCUAGUUUAAUACGCCUGCGUGCUGGAACUUCAUUAAAAGGAAUUGGAGGGUCCCUGCACCCAGCGUCGGAGAUUGUUGAACAUCCUGAAUACUGGAACGCCGAUUAUGAUAUAGCUGUUAUAAAGGUAUCUGUGCCCUUCGAAUUUAGGGAGAGUGUGCAGCCUAUCCCAAUGAAUUCUGUAAACCUUCCGUUUGGAACUCAAGUCGUUGUCACUGGAUGGGGCAGACUUCAAACUGGAGGUACUUCGCAGUCACAGCUACAGCAGGUUCAGGUCAACGUCAUGGACUACGAAGAGUGUAACAGUGCUUACUGGGAGUACGAGGGUAUCACACCACGCAUGUUGUGUGCCGGUGUGACAGCUGGCGGAAAAGAUUCUUGCCAGGGAGACUCAGGAGGCCCUCUGAUGGCCAACGGCAAACUCUCUGGUAUUGUCUCGUGGGGUGAUGACUGCGGCAGAGCUGGGUUCCCUGGUGUGUACACUAACGUUGCUGUGUUGAAGAACUGGGUGACAUCUGUUACUGGAGUCGAGUGAAGUGAUACUAAAAUCACUGUUAGCGAUUUUCGGGAACUGUAACUCAUAAUGCAUUAUUUUGACAAUUUUGUAUUAAAUUGCAGCUCAAUAAAGAAC